GCCACCACCGCCGCCCGGCCCAGCGCCUCGGCCGACGGGCUCAGCGUCUCCCAGCGCCAGCUGCAGGGCAGGGAGGGCGGCCUGGCCGUCAGCGCCUCCAUCAUCACCCAGGCCUCCUGGUGCGUCCUGCCUUCCCGGGUUCUCCUGGUCCUGACCUCUCAGAAAGGGAUCCAGAUGUACGAGUCGGAUGGCUCCAUCAUGGUGUAUUGGCAUGCCCUGGACGCCUUGGAACCACCGCCAGCGCAGGCAGUGUUUGCUCGAGGGAUUGCUGCAGCCAGUGGGCGCUUCAUCUGUGUGGGGACUUCCUCGGGCCUGGUGCUGGUGUUUGACAUCCCCAGCAAGGGAACGAACAUCACGCUGAGCGAGGUCCUGGAGGAGCAUCGCGACUCCAUCACCGACAUCGCCGCCGAGGUCGGUGAGAACCCGGACGGAGCCGCGGACCUGGUGACUGCGGAUGAUGCCGGGGCCCUGUGUGUCUGGAGAGCCAAGGAGGAGUUCGCCCUGCUCACCAAAAUCUCUGCCUUUGGGUGGACCUGCCCCUCGGUGAAGCUGUGGAACGGGGUCAUCGCUGCUGGCUAUGGCAAUGGGCAGAUCCGGCUGUAUGAGGCCACAAGCGGGGCCCUGCGUGCCACAGUCAGCGCCCACGCUCGCUGGAUCUACGCCCUGGACCUGGCUCCCCUGACGGGGAAGCUGCUAUCGGGGGCGGAGGAUUCCUACGUGCAGGUGUGGAAGCUGAGCCGGAGCGCCGACACCGGGGCCGUUGAGGUGAGGGGGCCAGUGCUGGGUGCAGAGAGCAGGGGGCUCCUCCGCCACUGGCUUCCGUGCAGCCCUUUGCCAAGCACCGCUCCCCAGCUGCUAUCGGGGGCGGAGGAUUCCUACGUGCAGGUGUGGAAGCUGAGCCGGAGCGCCGACACCGGGGCCGUUGAG